AUGUUCGAAAUUCUUGGCCUCUCGGGCGCCUCCAGCUUGGCCUUGGUCGGCCGGCUGGUACUGUACUCGCUGCUGCCGGCUCUGUGCUACGGCUUCUACAAUUUAUACAUCAACCGAAUGAUGUUUCGCCGAAUACAAAAGGAACACGGUACUGCAAUGCUCCCACAUUCGUUCCUGUUUGGCCACCUUUGGAUCAUCGCCAAAGUGGGCAUCAAGUACAAGAUGCCGCCGGACACGCACGGCCAAUGCGUGCCUCUGCUCCUCGCUCUGGAGUACCCCGAGAUCGCAGGCAAGGGCGCGGUGUAUAUGGACACCUGGCCCAUGUAUUCGCCCAUGCUCGCGGUGUACCACCCCGAUAUGAUGGCCCAGUUCACCCAGGACGCGAGCCAGGAGAAGCACUGGAGGAUGCUGGAGGAGUUCAAGCCCUUCACCGACAACAUGGAUCUCGUCACGUCUGGGGGUCAGGUAUGGAAGACUGACCGCAACAUGUUCAAUCCCGGAUUCUCGACUCGAAAUCUCAUGUCUCUGAUCCCGCACUUUGUGGAGGAGGUCGUCAUCUUCCGCGAUAAGCUUCUGGAGAAGGCCGAUACGAACGAGAAGAUCAGUCUUGAGGAGUACACGACCAAUGCGACCGUUGACAUCAUUUGCCGCGCAGUCUUCGGUCAACGAGUCCAGGCCCAAACCCGCGAGGUGCCAUUCAUCACUGCGAUGCUGAAGCAGGUGCCGCAUCUGACACCCCACCCCGGGACUAAGAUGUUCAACCCCUUCCGGCCGUAUCUGUCAGCGUACUGGAAGGCAAAGUUCCGCGAGGGUGUCAUGCCCAUCAUCCAGGACGCCAUCAAGAACUACGAGAAGCACGAGGGCCCCAAGACCAUCCUCAACCUGGCCGUCAGGUCGUACGUCAACGAGGUGCAGGACUACUCGGCGCGCGGCAACAUCCCCCCCGAGUUCGCCGAGAUGGUGGUCAACCACACCAAGAUGUUCCUCUUUGCGGGCCACGACACGACGGCCACGACGCUCUGCUACGCCUACAUGUUCCUGCACCGCAACCCGGACAAGCUGGCCAAGCUGCGCGCCGAGCUGGACGAGGUGCUGGGCCCGGACCCGGCCGCGGCGCCGGCGCGCAUCAGCGCCGACCCGUCGCUGCUGAACCAGCUACCCUACACGCUGGCCGUGGUCAAGGAGACGCUGCGCAUCAACCCGCCCGUGGGCACCGUGCGCACGGGCGCGCCGGGCUUCUCCCUGACGCACCCGGAGACGGGCGAGCGGUUCCCCUGCGGCGGGCUCGCCAUCUUCGGCUGCUCCAAGGCCGCGCACCUGCACCCGGACUACUGGCCGGAGCCGCAGCGGUUCCUGCCGGAGCGGUUCAUGACGACGGCGGCGGCGACGGCGCGCGGGGGCGGGGAGGAGGAGGAGGCGGACCCGCUGCUGCACCCGCGGCGCAACGCGUUCCGGCCCUGGGAGAUGGGCCCGCGCAACUGCAUCGGGCAGGAGCUGGCGAGCCUGGAGCUGCGGCUCGUGCUGGCGCUGACGGCGCGCGAGGUGGACGUCGAGCUGGCGUACGCCCCCGGCGCGCCGACGUUCAUGGGCGAGGUGGCGUACCAGGUCGAGACGCCGGAGCACGUCACGUCGCAUCCCAAGGACGGGCUGCCCGUGAGGAUCCGGUCGAGGAAGCACCACGCAACAUCGUCCUGA